ACUAUGUAUGAAGCUCAGUCAGUCGAUAUUUUCGACAAUACGGUGUUCAGUGUUGUGCUAACGCAAUUGAUUAGUGAUUUUUAUUUAUACAGUAAUUUAUUUGUCUAAAUAAUGGAUAAACGCGUUUGUGUAACAUUGUUUUAUUAAUUUGUCUACCGAAUAAUUUGAAGAGAUGCAAUGAAAAGUUUUUUGUUUAUAAUCUGACCUGAUUAUUGAUUGCAUAGAUUUUUGGUACAAAAAUAGCAUACAAGCGAGAAUUAACAAUGGAGAUUACAAGAAAACAGUGCGGUUCAAAUAUUUUAAUUGCGACUUUAGUAUUAUUGUCUUGGAUAACUAUUGCGAGCGGCAUCGACUGUUUCAAAUGCGUGUCAAUGAAUGGGGCCUUCCCCGCCUGCGAUGAUCCGUUUCACAACAACCAUUCCAUAGACAUGAUGGAGGCGCCGUGCAUGGGAGGAAGGAAAGGUCGAGAUGGACUCUUCCCGGCUACAUCUUGUAUCAAAAUAACUGGAUAUUUCGAUGACACCGGUGAGAGAAUCACGGUUCGUGGAUGCGGUCUCGACUCUGGUACGGCCACAACCGACACUGAGAUCAUACGCAUGUCGCACUGUGGCCGCUUUUACUUCGACGACAGGUACGUCCAGGGCUGUUUGCAGAGCUGUAACGACGCGGACGCAUGUAACGGAACGCCAUACAUGGUACAUAUGUCGUCGUUGUUAUUCAUAUCUAUUAUAUGUCACGCACUCUCCGUCAUCAGCUAACAAAUAUAUUCGUUUGGUAGAUAAGCGUAUCAAUCUUAUAGAGAAAAUUAAACACAGUUCUUUACAAGUUUAUAUACAGCGAACACACAGCGCAUAUGUAUAUAUAUUUUAAGUUGUAUGUUUUAUAAUUCUUGCUACUAGGUUUAAAUCAAUUUAUGGCAUGUAUGUCCAUAGUGAUGAGGUGGCCCUAGUGUAUUUGAUACAAGGGUACGAUUUAUACCUUUGUUCAGUUAAAUGACCAUAUUUGACCAAUAACAGGUUAUUUGAAAAAUCUGCGGCUCAGAGACCAAAGGUAGAGUCCAUUAUUUAAUUGUAAUAAAAUUAAGCUUGGAUAUCACUAUACACAUUUUAGUCCGCACGGUUAUUUUGCGUGCAUGUAAAUUUGAGACUUAUUGAAAUCUUUUUCUUGAUAUACAGGGUUACUUGUAUCUAACGCAUAACCUUCCAGAGGCGCAUAAGGUACAUCGAGACUAACAUUAUUUGUUCUACGACUUUAGUCUUAACCUGAUAAAUACAUAAAAUAUCAUUUUUUUAGUUUUAAUGUCGUUCCUAUAAAUCGUUACCUCUAUGUUUGAUUCCGCUACAUAACGCUACUGUACUGUCUCGUGUUGCUUGGCUAUUACAUAGAGUUAAGAUGUGUAGAAUUGCAAAUUAGAUUGUAUUUUUUUUAUAUCUGAAAAAAAAACUACGAAUCACGAAAAGUCGUAGAAUAAAAGUUGCUUGUUUUGAUGUACCCAAGUAGUCUUUAGGAGGUUUUGCGUUUGACCAGUAACACUGUACCUAUAUCCCGUGGAGGCAACGAGGGUACGAACCGUCCACCGAAUCGGCUCGCUUUCAAUAUCCAUUCAUGGGAAAAUAAAUCAAAUAAGAGAAUCAAAAGAUUCAAAUUCCCAUGCGCCCAGAUAUGUUGAUAUAAUGCUGUUCUGUUCAAUGAAGAUAAAUAGGGAGCAGUUUGAGUAUUACGUAAGAUUUUGUUACGUAUUAUAACAUAUAAGGUACUUUAACACAUCAAGUAAAUAUAAAAUAUGAAAAUGUAUUAAUAUAAGAAAACCAAUUAAAAAUUAAUUGGGUUUACUUGAUUAUACUACAAUUUAACAAAAGCAUGAUUACCUAUUAAAUAUACAUAUAUAAUAUACCUUUGUGCAUUUAAUAUUUUUAAAAGAAGUACAUAAGAUAUAUUUUAUAAGAAAUUGCAAUGUAUAUAAAGUAAUUUAUUUUAUGUUAAAUUUAUGUUUAGUUAAGGAAAAUAAAUAUUAUAAUAUCAAAAUCAAAAUAAAAUCAUUUCUUCAGAAAUUAGGCCUUCACAAGCACUUUUUCACGUCAUAUUCUAAAUUAAAUUAUGUUUACCAAAGCUAUAAACUACUAGCAUUUCGGAACGACCACUGCUGAGAAGAAAUGCCAUAAAGAAACUCAUUCAGUGUUGGUCCCUAUUAUGCCAGAAGGGCUUACUAUUUUUCAAAUAUAAAUUUAUGUAUAAUUUUUUAUCAGUAAUAUAACAAUGUAAGCACACAAUAAAGUACAUGGUCAAAAGGUAUACUGAAACAUUAUGAUUGUGAUCAAGUGCUGAUGAAAGGAAUAUGUACAAUUAACCAAACAAAAAAGAAAGAUCGAGCUGACCAGUUAAUUUUAUUUACCUAUAAUACAAUAUUACAGGUAAAUAAAAUUUAUAUAAUACUAAAACUGCAGAAAAUACUAAAUAUAUCUUAAUAAUUAUUAUGUGGUUAUGUGCAAUAAUGUGUUAUAUGUUCUAUCUUUAUUGGGAAUGUAAUCACAAGCAUUACUUUCAUGUUUUAUUAUAGUAAUCAAAGAUUAUAAUAGAGUGAAAUGUAAUCACGAUUAAUUAUAAUACGUUGUCCAACUCUUUAAUGAUGGUGAAGUGUUGUGAUUCGCUGUUGGUGAUUCUACGAGCAAUGGUAAUACUUAAUUAAUCAUGAUUAUAUUCCUCCUGCCUUUGCUAACAACUGCUUUCUGGUUCACCAAACGUUAUUUGAGUAUUGUUAAUUUAUAUACAAUAAAUUUUUGUACUUGUACAAUUUUUCUAAAUGGUGUUUAGAAUAUUUCCAAGAUCAAAUAGAACACAGAGAGAAUUAUAUUCUAUUAAUAUUCAUCGCAAAUCUAAAAAGUUACACACUACCUAUACAAUUUAUUUUUAACGACGUUAAUAUGCGGGAUGGCCCAAUCUUACGAAGUACUUUGGGGGGCUACCAUGAAACACAAAACACGUUGCAUGUCAUUGCGUUCACGCGUUCUCUCAUUUUUUACACGACGCAUAUACGACAUUACAUUACAGAAACGGUGGUUGUGUAAUGGUUAAGACGCCCGCCUGUGGAUCGAAAGGUCCCAGGUUCGCAUCCUACUCGUGCCACAUGAGUUUGUAUACCAAUCUGACUCGUGUAUAAUUAGUUUUCAUCGACCACCACUUGCUUCCGGUGAAGGAAAACAUCGUGAGGAAACCUGCACACUGGUUGAUUCUUAUUAACUUGUGUGUGAAAUAGAGAAGGCAAUGGCAAACCACUCCAUUAAUAAUGCCAAGAAAGUUGUUGUGUGUGUUUCAUUCUACGUAAUAACCACGACCCUCAGCCAUGAGGAAUACGACUAUGAAGAAUAUACGAUAUGGGAAGAAUUGACCGCAUGUGUACGUGCUACGUUCUUGUAUGCUUCGUUUUAGGCCUUUUGAGGUUUGAUUUAAUAUUCUUCCUCACUCAUGUACAAAAUGUUUCAUUUUUAUUGUACUAUGUAGUUAAUAUAAAAUGUAUGAAUAUAAAAUGUAUGAAUUACUUAUUAGUUUUGCAACAAUACAAAACAACUGACAACAAUUGAAGUUUCACUAAGGGUUGUUAUUAAAAAGUUACUAAAUAUAUCUUGUGGGCAAAUUCUUUCUGAAUAUAUUUUUUUGCUUGGCUGUGAUUAUAAUCAUAUUUACUAUUUAUAUAUUACACUUACAGAAUGUCAAGAAAAUUGUGAAAAUUGAUUUUAAACGAACUACAUUUUUGCGCCAUUGCAACACCAAAUAUAACGGUCAAGAUUGGUUGAUAAACAUGCAGUGUUGCCAAGAUACAGCGAUUAAUUGUCAUCACUUUCUUGACAGAAUUUAAAAUGCAUUUGUUUCUAGUUCUUUGUUAUUUUAAUCAUAUAAAUAAUGUAAAAUAUUUAGAUUGUACUUGUGUAUAUGAGUACAAUAAUAAUAUUAAAUAUUUUUCACGUAUUUUUGUAAUUUCACAGCAAUAUAAAUUAAAAUUUGACUUUUUAGAAUAUUAUCGUCGUGACCGAUAAUUGUUUUACUUUAGAAUGGUUUGAGUUGAUAUCAGAUUUAUUUUUUACAAAAUUCAAUAAUAAUUAAAGUGAAUUGUUUAUAUGUUUUUUUUAUAAUUUUCUGACAAAAACAUUGUGGCAGACGUAUUUAUUAUAUUUACUAUUCCAUAUGAAGCCGCGCAAUUUCUUUGUGACAUCUCUGUGAACUGUUUACAGCAAUAUACGUCAAUCAUACAUUGUUAUAAUGGGCGAAGUGCUGGUUUGCGUUUAACUUCUUCUAACCAUCGAAAUCUAUUCGAAGUGAGACGCAGCGAACCAAUCACAGUGCGGCAUUGUGACGCAACGACACCCACACCGCAAUGUGAUUGGUUCGCGGCGUCUCACUUCGAAUAGAUUUGAUGGUGAGAAGUAAAAUGCAAACCCGCACUUACCCGUGUCAGAAAUAUAUAUUUAAUAAAUAUAUUUGUCAUUUUUGUAUGGUAGGCACGCGUAGGAGCACAUAUCAAGUUUGUAUCAAAUAUUGGAAAUGUGCGGAAACCGACAGCAUAAUUUCACAAAUAUAUGACAUUUCUAAAACAA